AUGACCUCCCUCAAAGGCCGAAAACCCAACACGUUGCGCCCAAAACCGCUGACGCUCGCACACGCGGCUCCUCCCUCUCUCCCUCCCGCCGGCGCCGACGGUCAGAGCCCCGAAGGCGCAUGGGCCAGGCUCUGCGCCGCGCCUCGGGGCGCGUGAGGCGCCCUCCUCCCGCGCCCCCGGUGAAGCCCCCUCCCCCGCCUCCGCCGCCGCGGGCAUCGCCGGCGGCCGCGCAGGACCGUCUCGGCGCGCCCUCCGGUGACGAUGUCACAACGCCAACAAAAGAUGCUCAUGGUGUACUUGAGAAACGUGAUCCAAGUUAUGACAAAAUGCUUAAGCACAUGGUUGGGAGAAUCACUACUAAGCCUGGAGGAAAACCAGAAAUGGGUGAAGCUUCCAUUGUGCAGCGGUAUGACAGGCCUCUCCCAAAGGUCAGAACAUCAAAAUCUGAACCUGGGCAUAGUGGGAACAGGCAGCUACCUCAAGGAGCCCUGAAUGUUGAGCACAUUCAGGAGAUCAUUCAACUGUACCAAGGAAAAUCCAGUAGCCACCGUGGCCCGAUGAGCGUGGACGACAUCUCAUCGAAGUUCAGUGUCGAAGCCUCUGUUGUCCAAAACAUCGUGCAGUUCGUCUCACUUCCUCAGGACGGAGACCUUCCUCACGACGGAGACGUCCAAAAGAAAGAGUAAUACUGAGAUUCUGAGUGAUCUUGCGGGCUAACACUAAGCUUCAUGAACGUUUCCAAUUUCAUCACGUAGAGAAGUAGAGUAACUACGCGGAAAGACAAGUUUUGCAGUCUUUGGUCGGUUUCUUUGUUGUUGUUUCUGCUGCUGCUGUUGAAACGAGAUGAUGGAAAUUUGAAGGGGCAAUUCCUUAUUUGCCACUACAAAAAAGUUUGAUCCCUUAUUUGCCAUUGAUGUGCCAAUGACAUGUAGGACCCACCUGUGUCACUGACAGUGGAAAUAAGGGAUUGUUCAAAAUUGCAAUGGCAUACAAACAAUUAUCCCAAAUUUGAAAUAUGCGAUGUUUUCUUACCUGAAUAAAAAUGACAGUCUGCCUUUUUGUC